UGAUAACAUAUAACGUACACAAUACCCCCUUAAAGAAACAGAUGUUACGCCCUGCCCUCACGACCAGCUGCUCUGACAGAGAAAAUGUUUCCCCUGAGGUUAAUUCCGCGUUCCCCACCGACCAAACCCCUCUCCGCCUCGACUGACUGACUGCCAAAAAAACCUUUAGCAUCCUCCUCGGACAGCCUAAGUAGAUGUUUAAAGGGCAAAAUGGGAGAAAUGACGGAGCAAAAGAAGUUUACUGAAGUUAUUAAUCAGAUAUUUCAAGAGGCGCCUGCUGCAAGGAAUGGUCUCGUUGAUAAUUACAGCAACCUCCUUAAAGUGGCGGAUUACUGCGAGAACAAUUACUUUCAGGCAGAUGAUCCCACCAAGGCUAUGGAAGAGGCCAAAGCAUUAGUUGCCCAAUCUCUGGCCAGUGUGACAUAUCAGAUCAACAGCCUGGCCUGCACCCUGCUGAGGCUGCUGGACUCUCAGGCCAUGCAGGUCAAAGAUGUGGAGUCCUCUGUUAACAUGCUGUCGCUGGCUGCAGCGAUCCACUUUGAGAAGGUUGCCAGGAGAGAGAUCGGUACUUUUACUACUCCCAAAACCAAGAGUUGUUCCAAGCUUUUGACCCCACCAACCUCAGGCAAGGAGCCAAUGAAAAGCUAUCAAAGAGUGCCCAUUUCAUAUUCCAUCCUGGACCCCGUUGGACACUGUUUUAUGUUCACCGAGCAGACGUCCAGAAAGAGAGCAGAUACCACAGAGAGCAUACAAAGCACAUCCGACUUCCCUGUAUCCACUUUAGGCAUCGCUGUGCCUCCACCAUCAGUCCCCACCUUGCAAACCGUCUCCAACCCCACCAACGACAGCCUGCCUCCCCCACCCCCUUCUUCCGACUGGGACCCCAAUAUGCCUUCACCCACGUGUUUACCCCCACCCCCUCCGCCACAGCCAAACUCUCCCUCAAAUGGCAUGUACCCACCUCCACCACCUCCUCCAGCUGUAGCAGGGGGCGCCGCUCUACCUCCUCCUGCUCCACCUCCUCCUUCUUUCACAGGAGGUGCUGGUCUUCCUCCUCCACCUCCCCCACCAGCCCAACUUUUUUCAGGAGCUGCUCCACCCCCUCAAAUGGGCAACUCUGCUUAUGUGCCACCCGCCCCUCCACCUCCUCCAUUUUAGUUCACUUUGGUGGAGCAUGAUAUUUCUUUCCUUCAGAAUUGUUUUUGUAUAAAGUGCAGUUAACAUUGAGUUCAUUGUGCUUAGACACAUGCAGGGUUUAACCAUUAGAUGCAUGCGUGAAAUGUCAUGUGAUGCAUUUUCAGACCUUUUGUGAGAGGUUGAAUAAAAGCUAAAAAAAGUGCGUAGUGGUCUAACCUUGAACUGUUUCAUCCAUGUUGGAUUGCACAAUCUGAGCUUCAAGUGAGAGAAAAUCCUCCUCAAAGAGAAACAUUUUGGCAGCAGGAAUUCCUCCAACGUGUUUCAACAAAUCCUUGUCUGCAUUCCUCAGACUCAAGCUGACUCUUGUGUUUCCCUGGUAUCCUCGUUUUUUUCCUGCAAAGUCAUCGCCCUUCUUUAUUAUGUGUUUCAUUACAAUGUUUCUUAAUCAGCUAUUGGCUCUUAUUUCAGAACUGUAGGUCAGUCUGCCAGUGUCAGUGGGAAUAACGUCUUUACGUCACCUCCCCGAGCUCCGCUACUUUAAACAGUCCAAUGAGGCUAUAAAAAUGUCCAUUUCAUGUCAACACUCUGACCUGCAGUUCAUGGCUUGUACUUGAAGGUGUUAAACCUGACAGAAGAAACAUUACCAUGGGCUUUUAUUUUCCUGUGUUUGAGAUCCCCCUGUUGGUUUUUGGUAUCGUUUUAUGGAUUUUAUGUUGCUAUUUUGCAAACCAACGAAGAGAAGCUGAAGGCUGGCCCCUGAGGACGACAAUUUCUCCAUCUGUUUACAUCAUUCCUUUUUAUGAACAGCGGGGGGACGAGGAAGUAAUGGACAUAUAUGAAUCAUAUGUUCAACCUCCUUACAGAGAUCCUCCCAUAUACUGCUCAAGAAGCGUGACUCCACCUCCUCCAUACUGGCUUGAAAGAACAUCUUAUCUGGACUCCACAGCCUCAUACACAGACCCUCCAGCUUACUCAGAGCACCAGUGAUCCUCCUCCUCUUCCUCCUCUGUUUUUAAAUGGCAUUUAGUCCGACAAGACUGAACUUUUCCCCAGUGAAGAUCUGAGGAAUCCAAAGGACUUUUUUAAACCGGUCUACAAAUUCAGAUUGUGCAUGGGGGAAAACAUUGCAUUGUGUUAAAAUAAAAAUUGUGCUUCAAA